AUGGAAAAAGAUGAGUCGGAUUAUGAAGCUGAGUUUGCCCCUAUCGCAACACGCGCGCCAACUGUUGUUGAGGAGCAAGAAAUCGAAUCUUUGCAUCGAAUUGCAUCGAGCAGACUUGGUCAAGCACUAUCCGCUUCACAUAGCAAAUCAAACAACGACCCUCGUCUGGAUCCCAACAAUGCCAAAUUCGAUCAUGCUUUGUGGGCACAGUCAAUACUUGGCAAGGUUCAAGAACAAGGAAUUGAUAUUCCAGAACAAGGCGUAGUUUUCAAGAAUUUAUCGAUGAGCGGCUCUGGAUCUGCACUUCAAUUCCAGCAGACUGUGCUUUCAGGCUUGGCCACUCCCUUUCGCGCUGCUAUUCGAGCUUUCACAGGACAAAAAUCACCGCCACGACGCAUCCUGCAUGGCUUCGAUGGCCUGUUACAAGGGGGUGAGCUUCUUCUUGUCCUGGGUCGUCCAGGAAGUGGAUGUACUACAUUUCUCAAGACAAUGACUGGCCACCUGGGUGGCUUGACCAUGGAUCCUGGCAGCACAAUUCACUAUCAGGGUAUAAGUUACGAGGAUAUGCUCAAACAUCACCGCGGAGACGUAGCAUAUAAUAAAGAGGUGGAUAUACACUUUCCUCAUCUCACUGUUGGCCAGACACUUUCCUUCGCUGCAUAUGCGCGUGCUCCCAACCGAAGAUUUGACGGUAUUACUCGAAACGAAUACGUUGAGACACUGACGCAGGUAGUCAUGUCUGUCUUCGGUCUCUCCCAUACAUACAACACCAAAGUCGGCAGCGAAAUGGUUAGAGGUGUCAGCGGAGGCGAGCGAAAGCGAGUCAGCAUUGCUGAAAUGUUCCUUUCUCGCUGCCGUGUUGGUGCCUGGGAUAACAGCACUCGCGGUUUGGAUGCAGCCUCGGCGUUAAAAUUUGUUUCAGCAGUGCGUCUCGCGGCCGACCUGAAUAAAUCAUGUCAUGCAAUCGCCGCAUAUCAGGCAUCUCAAUCGAUGUACGACCUUUUCGACAAGGUUAUCGUUCUAUACGAGGGUUACGAGAUCUACUACGGUCCCCGAGAUCAAGCAGUUUCCUACUUUGAAGACAUGGGAUGGGUUAGACCCGAUCGCCAGGUCAGCGGUGAUUUCCUCACUGCCAUCACUAAUCCUGCCGAACGACAAGCACGUUCUGGUAUGGAGGAAAAGUUACCGCGCAGUGCAAAGGAGUUUUCUGAGUAUUGGAAAAACAGUGCUGAGUACAAAGCUCUGCUUAAUGAUAUCUCGGAAUAUGAAAAAGAUCACCCACCGAAUGGCGAUGAUGCCAAACGCUUCCAAGUCAGUCAUCAGUCGCAACAAGCUAAGCACGCAAGAUCUCGCAGCCCGUACCUUCUGUCUGUCCCUAUGCAAAUUCGACUUUGUACUACCAGAGCGUAUCAAAGAAUGUCCAACGAUCGGGGUACUGCCUUUGGGCCCGUUGUUGCCUCCCUGAUUUUGUCCCUGAUCAUCGGUUCCGUCUUCUAUAACACCCCCACAAACUCAGCCUACUUCUUUCAGAAGGCAGCUGCUCUCUAUAUCUCCGUGCUUAUGAAUGCACUGCUUACCAUGAAUGAAAUUUUGCAACUAUACAGCCAACGAUCGAUUGUGGAAAAGCAGGCUGGCUACGCAUUUGUUCAUCCUUUCACAGACGCAUUAGCAAGCGUUAUCGUGGAUUUUCCGAUCAAGCUCCUGAGAAUCUCCAUUUUCAGUAUUGUCAUAUACUUCAUGGCCAACUUGCGCCGUGAACCCUCUCAGUUCUUUAUCUUUUAUCUGUUCCUGGUCGUUACCGUCUUAACUAUGUCUGGUAUGUUCCGUACCUUGGGAGCUUUAACCAAGACCAUCGGACAGGCUAUGUCGAUGGCUGGAAUUAUGGUUCUUUGCAUCGUUGUUUAUACAGGAUUCACCCUGCCACAACCUUACAUGCACCCCUGGUUCUCUUGGAUUCGAUGGAUCAACCCAAUCUACUACUCAUUUGAGUCUCUAGUCGCCAAUGAAUUUCACGGCCGUGAUUAUCCUUGUCCCACAGUUAUUCCGACCUAUGGAACUGGUACGUCAUUCAUCUGUUCUUCUGUGGGUGCUGUUGCUGGGGAACGUUUUGUUUCUGGCGACUCUUUCAUUCAACAGAACUACCACUACGUAUACAAGCACGUCUGGCGGAAUUUUGGUAUUCUUCUUGCAUUCAUGAUAUUUUUCAAUGGUCUCUAUCUGACCGCAACUGAAUUUCUCUCCAACAAUGAUAAAUCAAAAGCAGAGUCUCUGGUCUUCCGACCUGGUCAUGCUCCAAAGUAUCUCCAGGCUGGAAAAGAUGCGGAAAGCGACAUGGUUGAUGCAACGAAACUUCAAGUUCAAACCAACGAUGAGAUUCGUCUUCCAAAGCAGAACGACAUCUUCACAUGGAAAUCUGUCAACUAUGACAUCCCUACCAAGGACGGCGAACGUCGACUGCUGGAUAAUGUGAAUGGAUGGGUUAAACCUGGAACUUUGACCGCAUUGAUGGGAGUCUCUGGAGCUGGAAAGACAACUCUUUUGGAUGUCCUUGCUCAGAGAGUCUCUAUCGGCGUGGUUUCAGGUGAUAUUUUUGUCAAUGGCCAGACUCUGGCCGCUAAUUUCCCGCGUCGGACUGGAUAUGUACAGCAGCAAGAUAUCCAUUUAGAGACCAGUACUGUGCGCGAGGCUCUUCGUUUCAGUGCAUUACUUCGCCAAUCCAGACAUGUUCCCAAAAAGGAAAAGUACGAAUAUGUCGAGCAGGUCAUCAAAGUCCUCGGCAUGGAAGAUUUUGCCGAAGCAGUUGUUGGAUCUCUUGGCGAGGGCCUCAAUGUUGAGCAACGAAAACUCCUCAGUAUUGGGGUUGAGCUUGCUGCAAAGCCCAGCCUUCUGAUUUUCCUUGAUGAGCCCACCAGUGGACUGGACUCGCAGAGCUCAUGGACUAUCUGCCAAUUCCUCAGGAGACUGGCAGACAGCGGACAGGCUGUGCUCGCCACUAUUCACCAGCCAAGCGCAACACUAUUCCAAUCGUUUGAUCGCCUGCUCUUUUUGGCUAAGGGUGGAAAGACAGUUUACUUUGGAGAUAUCGGAGAACAGUCAUCCAAGCUUCUAAACUACUUUGAGAGAAAUGGAGCACGAGGGUGCGAAGAUAUUGAGAACCCUGCUGAGUAUAUCCUUGAAAUGGUCGCUGGAGAUGGCUGCCCUGGCGUGGAUUGGGUGGAUGCCUGGGAUAAUAGCCCGGAGUAUCAAGAUGUGCUGGUAGAAGUUGAUCGUCUGAACUCUCGCAACCCUUCCUCCGAAAAAUCUAUCGAUGAUGACGAUUCGGAAUUUGCCAUGCCUUUAUUGGGACAGUUUUGGAUCGUUUUCCAUCGUUGUUUUCAAUGCAUCUUUCGCCAGACAGACUACAUCUACUCCAAACUCAUCCUCGCCAUUGGCUCAGCUCUAUUCAUCGGAUUCUCCUUUUACAGGACUGACAACUCCGUGCAAGGAUUUCAAAACACCAUUUUCAGCGUCUUUCUGCUUUGCACAAUAUUUAACACUAUGGUCAACAUGAUUCUCCCUCGCUUCGUUGUCCAGCGCUCUCUCUACGAAGUCCGUGAACGGCCAUCCAGAAUCUAUUCCUGGAAGGUAUUCAUUGUUUCCCAGAUCCUCGUCGAGGUCCCCUGGCAGAUUCUAAUGGGUGUCGUGGCGUGGGUUUCCUACUACUGGGCUGUAUUCGGCACAGCCCAGACAUCCGAUCGCCGUGCCCUCAUCAUGCUCUUUAUCGUCCAAUUCUACAUCUACGCCGCAAGCAUGGCCCAAUUCGUGGUAUGCGCCAUUCCAGAGCCAUCUGUGGCCGCAAUGAUUGCAACACUCAUGUUCGGCUUGUCAUUCAUCUUUACUGGUAUCCUCCAGCCUCCUGGCGAUCUACCCAGAUUCUGGAUUUUCAUGUAUCGCGUCUCUCCAUUUACAUACUAUGUCAGUGGAAUCAGCAGUACUGCGCUACAUGACCGAGAAGUACGAUGCAGCUCGGCCGAACUCAACGUCUUUGAUCCGCCGUCCGGCCAGACCUGUAUUCAAUACAUGCAGAAGUAUCUUGAGACUGCCACCGGUACAAUUUACAACCCUAAUGCCACUUCUGGUUGUGAAUACUGCAGCAUGACCUCUUCAGAUCAAUACCUCGCUGUCCGAGAGAUCUACUGGAGCGACAAAUGGCGCAACUAUGGCAUUUUCUGGUGCUAUUUCAUUUUUAACAUCUUUGGUGCUAUUGCAUUGUACUACAUUUUCCGAGUGAGAACGUCCAAGGCUAAGACCGGCAAGAAAUGA